AUGAAAUUUUUAUUUCGUUAUUUCAUUCCAGCAACAAUAAAAAUGUCUUACUCUAUUUCUCGUCGUAUUCCACUAGGUCCUGGUCAAGAAUCUGUAUGGGACUAUCCUCGACCACCUCGUGUUGAAGAUACAUCUAAACAUAUUGAAGUUAUAUUUAAUGGUAUAGUAAUAGCUGAUACUCGACGUGCGAAACGUGUACUAGAAACAAGUCAUCCUCCUACUUAUUAUUUGCCACCGGAGGAUGUUUGUUUAAAAGAAUUUUUCAAACCUAUUUCAAAUGAAAAAUCAUCGUAUUGUGAAUGGAAAGGUGUAGCAAAUUACUAUACAAUUGAAGUCAAUGGCAAACGAGCAGAAAAUGCAGCUUGGUAUUAUUCAAAACCAACAGAACCUCAAUUUUCUUCUAUUAAAGAUCAUAUUGCUAUCUAUGCUAGUCAAAUGGAUGAAUGUCGAGUUGAUGGUGAACGUGUAAUACCACAACCAGGACAAUUCUAUGGUGGAUGGAUUACUAAAGAUAUUGUCGGACCUUUUAAAGGCGAACCUGGCAGCAUGGGAUGGUAA